GUGUGAGGUGCUUGGGUUUAGGUCCACACAUCUGAGCAAGUAGACGAGUUACGACUCAACUCAACCAGGACCAUUAAUACUUCACAACACACAGAAAGAACAACAUCAGGAUGGCUGCUCUUCGUCUGGUUCUGUCCAUGUUUGUGCUGCUGCUGGCUGUCGUCAGCCUGAGUGAAGGUCUGCGUGGUAUCGGCCCAAAGAAGUGCUGCGUCCGUUUUAAUGACAAACCCCCGAUCAAGGAGAACGUGGUCAGCUACAUCCAGACCAGUCAGCAGUGCUCCAAGUCUGGCGUCCUGUUGAAAAUGAAGUCUGGCCGCCAGCUGUGUUAUAGACCUUCAGCCACCUGGGUGAGAGAGCUCAUAGACGAGCUGGACAACAAGGUCCUGCCAGGAGAGAUGUCCAAUCUGUGAACGGUGACACAUCGGUACCUGCAGAACCAGAGACUCCCAUGAAGGACAACCUGUGUUCAUGAUAAAAAAAAGUGUGUGAUGAGAACAUACUACAUAUGCUAAAUGAAAACGUUUUUGAUUCUCUCUUAAGCACAGGAUCUUUAUUCUAUCCUUGAAAUGUUCUGAGUUUUUUGUCUUCAGUCAUUCACAUUAUUUAUAAAAAAAAAAGACCAUUUAUUUUUCUAGUUCCACAAGGUGUCACUAGUAGACCAUAAGCUAGAGGCCACACGAUUGUUUUUGAGCCUCUGAAAUGUGUAUUUUAUUUCCAUUGUGACGUUUUUGUUAUACUCCUGACUUUUUCCAAUAAACUGAAGUAACUAUUCAA